UUGCAGUAUUGUGUUAAAAAAAAGGGAAGGGGUGGAGUAGAGGAAAACGUGAAAGCCAGCAUCUGUGUGCUCUGCUCCGGGGAAGACCUUGCUCGCUCCCCGCUCCCCACUCCCCACUUGGGCGCCGCGCCGGCCCGUCCCGUACCAGGAGGAGGAGGAGGAGGAGGAGGAGGAGCCGCCUCUGCCUCUCCGUCCCGCCGCUCUCCCGGCCCGUUGGUCCGCGCUCCAUGCCCACUGCCGCCAUUGCCUGCAGCAAUUGCAAGCCGCCGCCCCGCCGCCCAGACUUUAGACCGAUUUGAUUUGAGGCUCAGAGCAAGGACCAUGGAUCAGCAUCAGCGGGAGGACCAACGCCACCUCCUGCUCCACAAGGAGGAGGAGCAGGAUGACAGCCUCCGCACAUGGAAGGAGCAGCUCCUUGGACCAGAUGUUGUCCACACCACCAGCCUCCUUGGAGAAAAGACUAGUAGUGUGCAACUGCAAGGUUCCCCGGGGAAUGCUGCUUGCUCUGUGCUGUCUUCCUCAGUUGGGCCGUCAGAAGCUCUACCAAUUGUCGUAGGCCUAGCUUGGACUCUUCAGAAUGGAGGCAACGCUGCUCCUAUGCAAUCCCCAGGAGUUGAUUCGUUGUCCGUGCACAAGAGAGGCCGUGGGAGGCCAAGAAAGGACCAACAAUCACGACAAGCAAACCCUCCUCCUCCUCCGACUCCAACUGCGUCAAGGCGGGGGAUCAAGGUAGGGUGUGGGAGACCAAUGCUAGCUCCUACAUCUCAUCUGGAGACACAUAGAGGGCCUCCUGGGAGUUGGAGGCCAAUAAUAAUAGAGAAGCUACUAGCAGCAUGCUGGUCUGUUGAUGCUGCGUCCACAGGAAUCAAGAGACCGCGUGGGAGGCCAAGAAUGUACACACCAUCCGCUCCUGAUACUGGAGAUGCUGCGUCAGCGGGGAUCAAGAGAGGACGUGGGAGGCCAAGAAAGGAGAGGCCAGAUGCUGCGUCGUCGGGGAUCAAGAGAGGCCGUGGGAGACCAAGAAAGGAGAAGCCAGAAGCAAGAAUGUGUGCUGAAACUGGAUAUGCAUUUGCGUCAACGGGAAUCAAGAGAGGGGGUGGGCAUCCAGAACUAGAAAUGGAGAUGCUAGCAGCAGCAGCAGCAAUGUUGGCUGAAACUGGAGAUGAUGCUGUGCCAAAGGGAACCAAGGGAGUGGUUGAGAAUCCAAGAUCAGUUGAUGUCGUGUCAACGGGGAUGGAGGGAGCACUUGAGAAUCCAAAUCCAAGAACUGAGAAUCCAUCAGCAGGUGAUGUUAUGUCGAUGGUGAUGAAGAGAGGACGUGGGAGGCCGAGAAAGAACCAACAACCACAAGCACCGACGACUCCAGCUGCGUUGUCAACUGGGGGUAUCAAGAGAGGGCGUGGGAGGCCGAGAAAGGACCAACAACCACAAGCACCGACGACUCCAGCUGCGUUGUCAACUGGGGGUAUCAAGAGAGGGCGUGGGAGGCCGAGAAAGGAGCAACAAUCACAAGCACCGACGACUCCAACUGCGUUGUCAACUGGUGGUAUCAAGAUAGGGCAUGGGAGGCCGAGAAAGGAGCAGCAAUCAGAACCAAAGCCUCCUCUGACUCCAACUGUGUCAAGGAGGAGGGGGAUCAAGGUAGGGUGUGGGAGGCCAAUGAUAAUAGAGAAGCCACCAGCAGCAAGGUCGUCUGUUGAUGCUGCGUUGUCAGGAAUCAAGAGACCGCGUGGGAGGCCAAGGAAGGAGACAGCAUCAGUAGGAAUGUCCGCGGAAACUGGAGAUGCAACGCCUGCUCCUGAAACUGGAGAUGCAGCUGCGUCGACGGUGAUGAAAAGAGGGCGUGGGAGGCCAAGAAAGGCGGGGAUCAAGAGAGGAGUGUGUGGUGAAGCUGGAGAUGCAGCAACAGGCGGUACAAGUGCAAGCAAGAGAGGACGUGGGAGACCAAGAAAGGAGGAGAGGCGAGAUGGUGCGGUGUCAGGGAUGGAGAGAGGGCGUGGGAGGCCAAGAAAGGAGAAGGCAGAAGAAGAAGCAGGAAUGGAUAUGCUAGCAGCAGCAGCGGCGGCAAUGUUGGCCGAGAGUGGGUGGAGAUGAUGGUGUGGCAACAGCAACAGGGGGAAGCUAGUCGUCGUAGUAAACAACAAGAGGAGGAGCACUAGGCCUAGGGUUGAAGAAGAAGAAGAAGAAGAAGAAGAAGAAGAAGAAGAAGAAGAAGAAGCUGGAUGUGGAACUGAAACUAAUCUGGGCUCUGCAGCAGAGCAGAAUGUUUAACCACAUUCUGCUCUGCUCGUUCGUACCUUAACUGUGUAUCAAAGUUGCAAACUACUGUAGGUAGUAAUUUGUUUGUCUGAAUGCACCUGCACCUGCACCUGCUUUUGCUUGCUUAUGUUCCAGCACAUGGAGUGGAGUAGUGCUUUAUUUUAUUAUAUUCAGAUCAGAUAGUUGUAUUCUUGGAUUGAAAAUUCAGCUAAAUUUUUUUUUGAGUUAAA